ACUUACCCUCUGGGAAUGGGACCAAAAAUCACCAUCAAGAAAAACUUUGCCUUUUUUCGGAUGAUCCCGCUCCGAUGGCAUCUUUUUAUCCAAAGAGAAUAAAUUUUCUUUAAACUGAAAAAAAUGAGCAAAUGUAAUACAUUUUCAAAUGGGAUAAAACUUGGGUAUUUUUUCCCUACUAAUGAGGCUUAUGUUUCAUUUUUAAAAGAUUUUUUAAAAGUGAGGUGUGAAAAUGUUCUGUCUAGAAUAAAGCAGCGGAAGUCCAUUGUUAGAGAGGCAGUGAUUUUAGUCAAGGUGCGUCCCCGGGGGCCCCUUUGCAUGGCGCUGAAAGGUGCAGGACAAGGCAGGGAAGUUUACAGAUUUUCAUCUGAGGGGGGGGAAAUGGCAAAAUGGUUCAAGGAGUUCCCCCUGGCCCUGAAGAACGGUACGGACAAGAUCCGGUCAGUCUCCGAGUCCGGCUCCCAUCCGAGAGCAAAUAGAGCCGGGCUGAUGAUCAGCAUCGGGACCAAAACGGGCCACCGGAAGAACUCCUCACCAGACAGCGCGCCAGGAGGUGGAGGCGUCGGAAAGAGCCGAAAGAACUCCGGCGCAGAGGUCAGCAGGACCGGGGUCGGUUCCCAGAAAGAUGGGAAGGUUUGGGACGCUUUGCUGGCCGGGAAAAGCCGCAAGAACUCCAAGGCAGAGGCGGUGCUGGAGGAGCAACACAGGCCCCCGAAGACCUCCCCGCCCGCCCGCGCCUAUAUCAGCCGGAUGAUCAGAGUGGACAAACAGGAGAAAACCCCCAACUUUACAGUCAGUGGUACCGCCGGCGGCCCAGUGAGCUCUGAAGCUGAGAAACUUGCAGCCCAGUCCACAACGGAAACUUUGAUUAUUGUGGAGGAUUACGCAGACCCGUUUGAUGCCCAGAAGACCAGAGAUCAGAGGGAUGCAGAGAGGGUUGGGGAGAACGAUGGCUACAUGGAGCCGUACGAUGCACAACAGAUGAUAACCGAGAUCAGACGUCGGGGAUCUAAAGACCUGCUCAAAGUGUGCAUGUCUGCGGAUGGGAGCGAGGGACCUGCGAAGAAAGGUCAACCGGCUGCCAUCUAUGACGACCCAUAUGUAGGGAGCGGUGACGGUGAGCGGACGAAGCCGCAGCUGCACCAGCGCCCUGCAACUGAGUACGAAUUGCCAUGGGAAUGGAGGAAGCAGCACAUCGUCAGGACUCUGUCGGCACAAUUUGACCACCCAGUCAAAGAAGAGACAUGUUUUCAUACCCUCACCAUGCAGACCCAGCUGCAGCAGCAGCAGCAGAAUCAUCUGAGGCAAAAAAGCAGAAGCCAAAAGAUCCUGAGAUCCUCUCACCCGACUCUGCUGCCAUCCAAGCUACCCCGCAGCAGCCCUGAUGGAGAGGCGCGCUGCGUGGAUCCAUUACUGCCCCUGGAAAAGCAGAGUUGGUACCAUGGCUGCGUGACCCGGCAGGAGGCAGAGUUCCAGCUGCAGUCCUGCAAGGAGGCCAGCUUCCUGGUCAGGAACAGCGAGUCAGACAGCAGCAAGUACUCCAUCGCCCUCAAGACGAGUCAAGGUUGCGUUCACAUCAUCGUGGCCCAGACCAAAGAGAACGGCUUCACCCUGGACCAGAGCAGCUGCGUGUUCCCCAGCAUCCCGGAGGUGGUGCACCAUUACUGCACCAGCCGCCUGCCUUUCACCGGGACCGAGCACAUGACGCUGCUCCACCCGGUACCUCGCAUCCACUGACUCUGACCUUAAAACCUCAUAUGCAUUUGAAGCAGAGAUUAAAAGAAAUAAUCUAAAAAUUAGGUUUCUUUUUCUGUACAUCCACAACCCUUUCAAAUGUGUUAUUUUUUUGUUGAUUUGAUGUUUGAAAUGUGUUCAGCUGCCUGGCUUUUAUUCACUUAUUUUACUUUGAUGUGCAGCUGAUGCAAAACAUCCAGGCUGCUAUUUUGCAUGUGAACAAGCCCAGCAGAAAAGACUUUUGUUUUUCUGAUUUAAAUGUGACCUGAUUUCAGACUGGAUUAUUAGCAGUGAAACUGCUUCUGUUGUUUUAUUGUUGCUAAGUUAAAUUUCCAGAUAUUGGAAACAUUUGAGUUUAUCUCUCCUGCCCUCUAGUGGACAAGGAGGAUUUACUGCAUCUUUAGCAAGACAAAGAUUUGCUCCAUGCAUUGAAACAAAUCUAAAGAUAUGGAAAGAGAUACUCUCAGAGCGUUGGUUACAUGAAAUUAGAAUUUAUGCAUUUGGUUUCGGCAUCAGCUGCCCCAUGAGGAUUUUUUUCCCGUUUCGCUGUGAAAAGAGGGAGCAGUUUCCACUGUGUUGUGUGCACUGUGAAGACUGGGUGAUUCACCCCAAAACAAUGUGUGAGACAGAGCUCCGGCUCGGCAGCGAUUGAACUUUUUACUGACAAAAAACCGAGGAUCAGGCUUAACAUGUUUAUUCAUUUCAGGGAGCGUUGCAAUGAUUCCCAACCUGUAGGGGAGGUAGAGAGCUAAGAGAUGGGCGCUUGGCGCUUGGGGGAUGGGUUGAGACUUUUAAUAUGUUGUGCUCUACUUACUGGCAGCCUUGAUGCAGAUUUGUGUCAAAGUUGCUAGAGUUUACAGAGAGACCUUUGACCAUUCCUCUUUACUUUCCCGGCAGAUUCUCCUGACUUUGCUCUUCUCGCCUAAGUUUGGAGAGCUCCAGUGGUGACACAACUUCAGAAUACUAACUCAGAUUUCUAUUAAAAAUGUUCUGGUAUUUAAAAAACUGCAUAUGGCAGUGUACUCUAGCAAAAAUAGUUCAAUUUACUUGAAUGAGAAACCAGAAACCACAUCGCCCACAUGUCGUAUUUAUUACAGGAACUCUCAGUCUUAGUCUGAUCUGACCAAAGCACAAAGUUGUUAUACUGAAAGCCAAUGAGGAUUUGAAUUAUAACAAAGGCUUCAGGAUCUUUGGAGGAGAAACAUUGAUGUUACUGUGGCCCACAGUAACAUAGAACCUCAGCUUCAUCUGACAUACAGCUUAAGUUAUGGUCCAUGGAAAUGUUUACAUUUGUGACAGUAGGAAAGUUUUGUUUUUUCUGGCAUGCAGAAAACGUUUAGACAAUCUGAUCUUAUAGACAGCACCAGCAAGCAGCUUUUCAAAUUGGAAUGACAUGUCCUGGAGUAUUUUCUAUUUUGCAGAACUAUAAAGAAAAUAGAAAAACAUCUCUGUCUGUACCAGUUCCUUGGAAUUAUAACUUACAAAAUAUAAAAGAUUUUAAUCAGUUGAGGCUUAUUUUAAAGGGAUUGGUAUUGCUUUGAAUUAUUAUUGUUAUUAUUCUGGCUCCAUUCCAAUUUAUGUGGAAUAAACUGGAGAAUAAAGUGGAAAAAAAUCAAAUUUGAGAAGCAACAAAGUAGCUGUAAGCUUCAGAUUUAUUUUUCUAUUUUUAUAAAAUUAGUCACACCAUCUUUAGAUCUAGUUUGUCAUACAUACAAUAGCAUGUUAUGGUUAAUUUUAUUGUAAAAGAUUAUUUGAUGAAAGUAAAAUAUUCUCUUGCAAAAACAACCUUAAACGUGACCCACCCACAUAGUGACGUCACACAAGGAAUAUAAUUAUUUGUAAAGUGAGUGUAUUUGAAAAUUUUGUGGUUCUUUAUUGCAUGUUUUCCGGUAAAUUCUGUCUUCUUCUCUCUUUGCUCACCUCAGCUGAUGUUUGUUUUUAAAACCUUUGAAAAAGUUCUCCCUCCAGGUAAGACAGUUCUGCACCUUUAAGGGGAAAAUCGCUGAUGGGAGAUGUUUGAAUGUUCCCUGAAAGUCUUCAGAUUUUACUGCCUAUCAGCUCAAACAUACCAAGCCUUACGUUUCAUCUCAGUGGCACGCUGGAGACCAGAACUUAGCCUGAAGCCCAGAUCCAGGCCCACAUCACGGUCUCAAAUACUUGAACGUUAACCAUUUACGUGCCACUUCAAAGUGUCAUUGUUUUAAGUCAAUGUGUUUUGAUGUAAUUUAAAUGGAAACCAGAUUUAGUGGUCCUGAAUGUGCUGAAUCCCAAUAAAACAAGCAGCGGAAAAUGGAAAACGUGAGUCUGUUGUGCUUUAUGUGCUGUAAAGAAGCAGGAUCUUAAGCAACAACGGUAG